UCACACGCCUCUCGCGCGGCUCGGAGCCGGAGGGAGCGCUGGGAACUAGCGAGCGAGCGCUUGGAGUCCGGGCCAGCAGAGGGGGCGCCCGGCCGCUGCUUGCACCCGCGCCUCCGCCGCGCUCGGGGGCUCGGAGAGCCGAGAGGGCGAGUCGGUGAGUCCGACAGCCGAGACUGGCAAGCCCCGACUGGGGGAGGGCGCCCGCCCCACUCCGCCGCGCCUGGAACCCGAGCCGGGGAGCGCCCGCCGACCGCCCCACGGGCCGAGAGAGCAGGAACACAAGUCCCCGCAGCCCCAGGGAUGGUCUAGGGGCCGGAGCUCGCCUCCCGCUGCCCAUAGCCCAGGACUGCGAACCGCCGCGGCGGGGGGCUGCGCGCCCGGGCUGCCCAGGCCGGAGAAGUUAGUUGUGCGCGCCGCGGAGUGCGCCGAGCCAGCGAACAGGCGAGGGAGGCUGCAAAGCGCCGGGGCCAUGGGCUGGGGGAACCGCUGUGGCUGCCCGGGACGGCUGGAUCUGCUGUGCUUGCUGGCGCUGCUCGGGGGCUGCCUGCUCCCGGUGUGCCGGACGCGCGUCUACACCAACCACUGGGCAGUCAAAAUUACCGGCGGCUUCCCGGAGGCCAACCGCAUCGCCAGCAAAUACGGAUUCAUCAAUAUAGGACAGAUUGGGGCGCUGAAGGACUACUACCACUUCUACCAUAGCAGGACGAUUAAAAGGUCAGUUCUCUCAAGCAGAGGAACCCACAGUUUCAUUUCAAUGGAACCAAAGGUGGAGUGGAUCCAACAGCAAGUGGUAAAAAAACGGACGAAGAGGGAUUAUGACUUCAACCGUGCCCAGUCUACUUAUUUCAAUGAUCCCAAGUGGCCCAGCAUGUGGUACAUGCACUGCAGUGACAACACGCAUCCCUGCCAAUCAGACAUGAAUAUUGAAGGAGCUUGGAAGAGAGGCUACACGGGCAAGAACAUUGUGGUCACCAUUCUGGACGAUGGCAUUGAGCGAACCCACCCGGAUCUGAUGCAGAACUACGAUGCUCUGGCAAGUUGCGAUGUCAAUGGGAAUGACUUGGAUCCAAUGCCUCGUUAUGAUGCAAGCAAUGAAAACAAGCACGGGACGCGCUGUGCUGGAGAAGUGGCGGCGGCAGCGAACAACUCGCACUGCACAGUUGGAAUUGCUUUCAACGCCAAGAUCGGAGGGGUUCGAAUGCUGGAUGGAGAUGUCACAGACAUGGUUGAAGCCAAAUCGGUUAGCUUUAAUCCUCAGCACGUGCAUAUUUAUAGUGCGAGCUGGGGCCCGGAUGAUGAUGGCAAGACUGUGGAUGGACCCGCUCCACUCACCCGGCAAGCCUUUGAAAAUGGCGUGAGAAUGGGGCGGAGAGGCCUUGGCUCUGUUUUCGUCUGGGCAUCAGGAAAUGGUGGAAGGAGCAAAGACCACUGCUCCUGUGAUGGCUACACCAACAGCAUCUACACCAUCUCCAUCAGCAGCACAGCUGAAAGCGGGAAGAAGCCUUGGUACCUGGAAGAGUGUUCGUCUACCCUGGCCACGACCUACAGCAGUGGAGAAUCCUAUGAUAAGAAAAUAAUUACCACUGAUCUGAGGCAGCGUUGCACAGACAACCACACAGGGACUUCGGCCUCAGCCCCCAUGGCUGCGGGCAUCAUCGCACUGGCCCUGGAAGCCAAUCCGUUUCUGACCUGGCGAGACGUGCAGCAUGUUAUUGUCAGGACUUCCCGUGCAGGACAUUUGAACGCUAAUGACUGGAAAACCAAUGCUGCUGGUUUUAAGGUGAGCCAUCUGUAUGGAUUUGGACUGAUGGAUGCAGAGGCCAUGGUGAUGGAGGCAGAGAAGUGGACCACUGUUCCCCAGCAGCACGUGUGUGUGGAGAGCACCGACCGACAAAUCAAGACAAUUCGGCCAAACAGUGCAGUGCGCUCCAUCUAUAAAGCUUCAGGCUGCUCCAGUAACCCCAACCGCCAUGUCAACUACCUGGAACAUGUGGUUGUGCGCAUAACCAUCACACACCCCAGGAGGGGUGACCUGGCCAUCUACCUGACCUCACCCUCAGGAACCAGGUCCCAGCUCUUGGCCAACAGGCUUUUUGAUCAUUCCAUGGAAGGAUUUAAAAACUGGGAGUUCAUGACCAUUCACUGCUGGGGAGAACGAGCCGCUGGUGACUGGAUCCUUGAAGUUUAUGAUACCCCCUCUCAGCUGAGGAACUUCAAGACACCGGGUAAAUUGAAAGAAUGGUCUCUGGUCCUUUACGGCACCUCCGUGCAGCCAUACUCACCAACCAACGAGUUUCCUAAAGUGGAACGUUUCCGCUACAGCCGCGUUGAAGACCCCACUGAUGACUACGGCACAGAAGAGUACGCAGGUCCCUGUGACCCUGAGUGCAGUGAGGUUGGCUGUGACGGACCAGGACCGGACCAUUGCAAUGACUGUUUGCACUACUACUACAAACUGAAAAACAACACCAGGAUCUGUGUCUCGAGCUGCCCCCCUGGCCACUACCACGCUGACAAGAAGCGAUGCAGAAAGUGUGCCCCCAACUGUGAGUCCUGCUUUGGAAGCCACGGUGACCAGUGCCUGUCCUGUAAAUAUGGAUACUUCCUGAAUGAAGAAACCAACAGCUGUGUGACUCACUGCCCUGAUGGAUCCUAUCAGGAUACCAAGAAAAACCUUUGCCGGAAAUGCAGUGAAAACUGCAAGACAUGCACUGAAUUCCACAACUGUACAGAAUGCAGAGAUGGGUUAAGUCUGCAGGGAUCUCGGUGCUACAUCACCUGUGAGGACGGAUGGUUCUUCAACGGGCAGGACUGCCAGCCCUGCCACCGCUUCUGCGCCACUUGUGCUGGGGCAGGUGCUGACGGCUGCAUUAACUGCACAGAGGGUUACUUCAUGGAGGAGGGGAGAUGCGUGCAGAGCUGUAGUACCAGCUAUUACUUUGACCACUCUUCAGAGAAUGGUUACAAAUCCUGCAAAAAAUGUGAGGCCAGCUGCUUGACGUGCAACGGUCCCGGGUUCAGGAACUGUACCAGCUGCCCUAGUGGAUAUCUCUUAGACUUAGGAAUGUGUCAGAUGGGAGCCAUCUGCAAGGACGGAGAAUAUAUUGACGAGCAUGGUCACUGCCAGACCUGUGAAGCCUCGUGUGCCAAGUGCUGGGGGCCUAACCAGGAAGACUGUACAGGCUGCCCUGUCACAAGGGUUUUUGAUGAUGGCCGCUGUGUUUUGAACUGUCCCUUGGGGAAAUUUGAAUCUAGGCACCAAUGCCAUCCAUGCCACUAUACCUGCCGAGAAUGCCAAGGAAAUGAGUCUGCCAACUGUACCUCCUGUGGAGUAGAUAAAUACAGCCGAGAGCGCUUCCUGUACCAGGGGGAGUGUCUGGAGAGGUGCCCCACAGGCCACUACCCUGCUCAGGGGCAUACCUGCCUGCCCUGUCCAGACCACUGUGAGCUUUGCCACAGUGCACAUGUCUGCAUGCGAUGCUUGGAUGGCUACUUCAUAGUGCCCACCAACCACACCUGCCACAAGUUAGAGUGUGGCCAAGGUGAAGUCCAAGACCCAGACUAUGAAGAAUGUGUGCCGUGUGAAGAAGGAUGUCUGGGAUGCAGCUUGGAUGAUCCAGGAAUGUGCACGUCAUGCGCUACGGGAUAUUACAUGUUUGAAAACCACUGCUAUAAAACCUGCCCUGAGAAGACCUACAGAGAAGAAUCUGAAUGCAAAGCCUGCGAGAGCAACUGUGGCAACUGUGACCAGAAUGAGUGCUACUGGUGUGAAGAGGGCUUCUUUCUUCUGGGUGGCAGUUGCGUGAAGAACUGUGGCCCUGGUUUCUAUGGGGACUCAGAGGUGGCAGAGUGUGAACCCUGUCACCGAGCCUGCGAGACCUGUGCCGGCCACGGCUACGACGAGUGUAGCAGCUGCCGAGAAGGACUGCAGCUGUGGCAUGGGAUGUGUGUGGUCUCCACCCAGACCCAGGUGGACAGCAAAUUCUGGAAUGAACCUGUGCCCACUGCAAGCCCAUCUUUGGUGAAGAGUCUGCUGCAGGAACGACGAAGAUGGAAGUUUCAAAAAAGAGACAGUUUGAAAGAAAACCAGCCUUGUCAUUCUUCUUGUAAAACCUGCAGUGGAGCUCCAACCCUAUGCACUUCAUGUCCAAAAGGUUCCUAUCUGUUGGAUCAGGCCUGCAUCUCCGUCUGUCCCCCGGGGAUGUGGCCCUCAGUGAGGAACGGCAGCUGUGAGGCCUGUUCUGAGGACUGUGCCCUUUGCUCUGAAGUCAGUCUGUGCACAAAGUGCCAGAGUCAGCCAGACCAUCCCCUCUUCCUCCACGAAGGCAGAUGCUACAGCAAGUGUCCUAAGGGCUUCUAUGCAGAAAAUGACACAUGUGAACACUGCAGCUCUUCUUGCAAGACAUGUGAAGGAAAUGCCACCAACUGCCACUCAUGUGCAGAAGGCCUUGUCCUGGAGCAGGGAAUGUGCCAGAAAACGUGCUCCAAGAGGCAUGUGGCCAUGGAGGGGGUGUGCAAGCCAUGUCCGGAGAUGUGUGAGGAUUGCAUCCAUGAGAAAAUAUGCAAAGAGUGCAUGCCUGACACCUUCCUGCAUGAAGGCACGUGCCUUCAGUCCUGUCCCAAGAAGUUCUACAAAGACGCAGGCCACUGUGUCCGCUGCCACCAAGACUGUCUAGAGUGCAGCGGCCCGUCAGCAGAGGACUGCAGCAGCUGUGCUAUGUGGUUGCUGUCGUAUCUCUACCACGGGCGGUGUUUGGCAGCGUGUCCAGCAGGAACUUACCAUGAAAGGUGGACUGAUGACUGCAAAGAUUGCCAUGAGUCCUGCCAGACCUGCUCGAAGGCUGACACCUGCCAGACCUGUCAGAAAGGCCUGACGAUGAACAGCCAUGGGGAGUGCGUGCCUCACAAGGAAUGUACCGUCUCUGAGUACUGGCAUGAGUCUCUGGGGUGCCAGCCCUGUCACUCUAAGUGCUUCCGCUGCAGGGGGCCUGCUGAGGACCAGUGUCACAGCUGCCCGAAGGAGAACCUUCUUCUCAAAACAACCUGUGUGAAGGAAUGCCCUGAGGGCUACUAUAAGGACAGGCUCCAGUGUAUCCCCUGCCACAGUUCUUGUAAGACAUGUGAAGGACGACACAGCAUGCAAUGCCUCUCCUGCCAACCAGGCUGGUUCCAGCUGGGAAAGGAGUGCCUGCCCCAGUGCAGGGAAGGAUAUUACGCAGAAAACUCCACUGGGCGGUGCGAGAGGUGCCACAAGACCUGCAAGACAUGCCGGGGUCCGAGGCCCACAGAUUGCCUGUCCUGUGAUCCAUUUUUCUUCCUGCUCCGCUCCCAGGGAGAGUGUCAUCCCACCUGCCCAGAGCAUUACUAUGCAGACCAAGAAACGCAGGCGUGUGAGAGAUGCCACCCGAUCUGUGACAAAUGCAAAGGAAAAGGAGAAUUGAACUGCCUAUCUUGUGCGUGGAACUACCACCUGAAGGGAGGAAUCUGCUCUUCGGACUGUCAUGCAGGGAAAUACAGAGUGGGAAAGGGGGACAAAUUUAACUGUGAACAAUGCCACAAAAGUUGCACAGAAUGCAAGGGACCUGGUGCCAACAACUGCACUGUGUGCCCUGCCCACCUGUUGCUGCACAUGGAUGAUAGCCGCUGCCUACACUGCUGCAAUUCCUCGGAUCCCAGAGAUACCCAGGAGUGCUGUGACUGCCAAAAAAGGACAGAUGAAUGCUUCCUUCGAGAAAGUGAAACUGGGCCUGCUGCUGAGCAUUUCAAGACAGCUCUGUUCAUCACCUCCUCAGUCAUACUGGCGCUUCUCUUAGGGGCAGCUGUGAUAGUCUGGAGGAAAUCUCGGGGCCGAGCCCCAGUAGCACAGAAGGGUGGCUAUGAAAAGCUGGCUGAUCCUAGCAGGUCUUACUCCUCCUAUAAGAGCAGUCAUCUCCAGAGCACCAGCUUUGAAGAGGCUCAGAUGAUGGAGUACAGAGACCGGGACGAUGAGGAUGAGGAUGACGAGGAUGAUAUUGUCUACAUGGGCCAAGAUGGCACAGUCUACCGGAAAUUUAAGUAUGGGCUGCUGGAUGAUGAUGAAGUUGAGCUAGAAUACGACGAUGAGAGCUAUUCCUACGAGUGAACAGAGGCAACAGAGGCCUCACCCCAGUUCACUCACGGGAUUGUGUGUGAGCAUUAGUUUGGCAUUUAAUCCCCACACACCAGACUGAUAUGGGGGGGGGGUGUUGUAUUAAUCUUUAAACCACCAGUCCAACUAGAGUAUGUGAGAAUACUGAAAUACAUUGUUCUUCUUUUGAAUGACUAAACUCAAUAAAACAUAAUUGUUCAACCAUAAUUGAAGAACAAGGAUAAAAUUCAGAGGGAUUGUCCUCAAAACAGUAUGUUAAGAUACAAAACACAGGAAGUAAAAAACAAGUGAAAUUUGUACAAACUG